AUGUCGGAAGUAGCCACCAUACCAUCUGUCUACUCGCAACCGUCCCCUGAAUUCGAGCAUUUCUCAGGCGUAGGGUCCUACUCGCCCCCCGAGUCAUCCUCCAUCUAUCCCGAAACGAUUUCCCCACCAGACACUCCGCGCACCAUGGGCGAAAGAGAAAGAGUAGAAAGGACCUCCCCUGAUGUCUCUCCAAUCUCGGCGACCCCAAGUCCAACAGCAAUGCACCACCCUGAAUUGACCUUGAGCGGCUCCAAGAGGUACAGCAGCAAUUUGCCCGUCCCAAGAAGCAAUACAAAGAAGUUUUGGAAGCUUCCAAAUGCGGGCAAAAGAUCGGAGGACCCGCAGUCCUCUCAGGUACACUGGGAUGAAUACUCUGGCGAGCCAACUGCGGAAGACAAGGGAAAACCUGCUUCCGCUACUCCUGGAUCUAUCAAACUACGUGAGACUCCAAGUCCGCUGAGGCUGAAGACUGCCCUGGGAACCUCAACACACAUUAGCAGCGGCAAUAUACCUGCCCGAAAAAGGGUUGGGAGCAGAGAAGUCGCAGAUGCUCCAAUCAUCAUGAGACCCGAGUGGAAAGGUGCUGGUGGUCGCCACAGCAUUGUCAAACCAUUAUUUGACAAACCGUUUUCACCUGGGCAAAGUCGCAAGUUCCCUGAAGGCAGUCACAAAAAGUGGCUCGAAGAGCAGGAAAAGGAAAGAGAGGAACAGGAGCGGCUAGCGCAACAGCAGCUCGAUGAGCAACGGCUAGCGAGACAAACCGAAGAGCAGGAACGUAAGGACCAGGAGGAGGAAGCCAUUGAGGCUGCGAAGCAGGAGAAAGAGCGCGCAAUGCAAGAACAAAGGGAACGCCAACGUGAACAGCAACAAAGAAUGGCCCGCGAACGGAUCGAAAAAGCAAAGCGUGAGCGUGAGAGGAUCCUUCAUGGGCAAGAAGAAAGCGAGCGGCGGGCUAAAGAACGAGUUGAGAGGGUUUCGCCUCCGCCAAUGCCAGCCCCGCUAAGGAUUGCCUCAAGAUCGCCUACAUCUCCCAAGGCGCCGACACCAACUAUGCCCAUCACUUACGACAGAUUGGAGGCAAAUGUGCAAUCUGCCGUGGAACCACUGAUAAGCCAAGGCUCUUCUGGAGCAACCACUCCAGUAGCACCAGAUCAAAGAACGCGCAUAACACGCUUGAACAAUCUAAUGAAUGACGACACAAGAUCCCCUCUGGCUCGAAACCCGAGCAGUGAGGAGUUGAGGGACCGAAAGAAUCAGGCCUUACCAAGUCUACCCCGAAACGGUCAACCAAGUCCUUUGAGUCAGUUGACCACAGAUCAGUCCUUCUCAAACGGAUCCGGUGACGAGUAUCCCGUCCGAGACUCUAGCCUCAGCGACGCGGGUCAGAUUGAAGCAAGGUUCCGCGCCAAUUUACAGCAUGUAGCUCUUCCUGAUCAAUCACAAAGUCGCUUCAGUGCAACCACUGUGGCGACCACAGCAUAUGAUAAUAGCCCUCCACAAACGCCAGAGAUGAAGUCGACAGUCUCUUCGAAUACUAAUACACCAGAAUCUAUCCUCAACCGAAAGAGACCAGUAGCUUCAUCAGGGGUCAUACGGCGAAAGCCCACCCCUUCUAUGGCAGGGACUCCUAAUGGCGUGACCAGAGAAGACUCCAAAUCGCUCCCGAAGCCACCACCUGACGCUGAAAUUGUAGAUCCAAUCCAAACACUGCAAGCUAAGCAGGAUGUUCUGCGCAGACGGCGUCGCAAUCUAGAGACGGUCAUUAACGAGCUGACCAACGUCGUACAACCAAGCUCCAUCGCAUAUGAUCGAGCAUCUAGACUCGAGAUCAAGAAAACGGUGGCUGGGUUGGAGAAGGAGCUGUCAGAAGUGGUCAAAGAUGAGCAUGAAACGGGUCUGAAACUGCAUCGGGCUUGGAAGAGACACGAAGAUUUUGCCCCGUAUGAACCAACAAGUAUAUGGGUGAGGAGGGUGACGACAUGA